GUUUAAUUCAAGGUCCACCUGGCACAGGGAAAACUAUGACUUUUGCAGCAAUUGUAUACCAUAUGGCCAAACAAGGCCAGGGCCAGGUUUUGGUUUGUGCUCCAAGUAAUGUGGCUGUUGACCAGCUAGCUGAAAAGAUCAGUGCAACAGGAUUGAAGGUUGUUAGGCUCUGUGCAAAAUCAAGGGAAGCUGUAAGUUCUCCCGUGGAGCAUUUAACUCUUCACUAUCAGGUUUCUUUAAAAUUCCAGUUUGCAGGAUUAUUUUUCAGAGAAUUAUCCAGCAGUGAUGAGAAGAAAUAUAAAGCUCUGACGCGAGCAACAGAGAGGGAGAUAUCUCAGAGUGCUGAUGUCAUUUGUUGCACAUGUGUUGGUGCUGGCGAUCCUCGAUUGGCUAAUUUUAGAUUUCGCCAGGUCCUUAUUGAUGAAUCUACUCAAGCAACUGAGCCCAAGUGUCUUAUUCCCUUGGUUCUUGGCGUGAAGCAGUGGAAUUUAUCUAAUUUGGUCAUUAUGCUGAGGAAUAGAUAUAGAGCAGUGACGACCAAGCAAGCUCUAAUGGCGGACCAGAGCUCUCUAGCUUCUCUCUCCCCAAAUCACACCAUACCCAUUUCUUCUUUCUUUGGUUCUCCAAGGUUUUUCAAUGGGUUUCAAGCAAUGGGUCACUCUGAAACUGAAACAAUGAGUCCUAUUCCUAGUUCAAUUCAUGACAUCAAACCAUUCUCCUCUGCUGGCAACCAAUUCCCCAACAAUUUCUCAGGAAACAAACACUCCUGGGAAAAAUUAAACCCGAAAGGCAUUGGUCUUUCAUAGUACUUGUAUGUAUAAUUAGUUUGAAUUGCAUCUUUUCUGCCAAUCUGUUUUGUAAUAGCUUUCAACUUACCACUAGGCACUAGUUUAAUUUUAUUUCAUCUUGGAAUUGA